CAAUAUAAAUGCUAGCCUUGACCAAAAAGAUAAGGGGGUGUUGAAAGGCGAGGAAUGUUGUAUGUUCCAAGGUUCAAAAUAUCUACACCGUACCACAAGCGCAGAGCGGCCCAUUGAUGAUCAGUUACUUGGCGUACGUGCUCCACCAAAGCAUCUCCACUGAACGGGUACCGCGCCGCAUGACGGUGGCAGCCGAAGUCGAACUGUAGAUGUGGAAGUGCAUGCAUUGAAAACUCUUCAAAGCAUUCCUCGUAUUUGUUGCUGUGCAUUUGUUCAGGAGAAACUAUUUGGAGGCAGAAAAAUUCCACGAAAAAAACCCACUUGAAGAAAGUAAUGUCUUCAGACCAAGUUCAAACGAAGUUGAAGAAGGCUGCCUGGGAAUAUUGUUUCUCAGUGGACGUCUGGAAGGAUCGUUUUCCUUUUACCAGAUGGCUUCCCAAGUAUCGACCUAACAAAAUCCUGAAUGACAUCAUUGCUGGCUUGACUGUAGGGCUUACAGUUCUGCCUCAGGCCCUGGCAUACGCAAACAUCGCUAAACUCCCACUGGUGUAUGGCUUAUACUCGGCCUUCGUAGGUUCCUUCAUGUACUGCAUCUUUGGUAUGUCCAAGGAUAUCACCGUUGGUCCCACUGCCAUUAUGUCACUGUUGGUGGCAGAUUACGGCAAGCCACUGGAUGAUGGAUCUGAAGACGCACUCAAUGAUCCAACCUAUGCUGUAUUGCUGGCAUUUUUCUGCGGCAUUAUACAAAUUGGUAUGGGAAUUUUGCAUCUGGGUUUUGUCACUAAUUACAUUUCCUCAGUGGUGAUAUCAGGCUUCACAUCCGCCUCCGCUCUGACAAUUGGUUUUGGUCAAAUCAAAAACAUCUUAGGCAUCCGCUUCCAUUCUGAGGUCUUCACCUUGGAUCUUUACAACAUAUUCAAACACAUCGGAGAAACAAAAUGGGCAGACUGUACCUUGGGCAUCUGUUGUAUUGUGACUCUUGUUGCACUUCGGAUGGUGAAAAACAAAAGUCAAAACUCCCUGAACCAAUUAAACAGCUCAUCGCCAUGGCAACGGAGGGUAAUCUGGAAGACACUCUGGAUCAUAGGCACAGGUCGGAAUGCAAUCGUAGUCAUAAUUGCAUCAGGUGUCGUGUAUGCACUCAUCAGCAACGAUUACGAUGGCUACAUAACAAUAACAGGCAACGUGACCUCUGGCCUCCCUCCGUUUCAGCUUCCAGAUUUCCAGGCACCUGGCAUAUUGACGUAUCUCAGGGUUGGUCUCAUCAUAGUUCCUCUGAUUGGUUUCUUAGAGAACAUCGCCAUAGCCAAAGGAUUUGCUCGACAGAAUGGCUACAGAGUGGAGUCCAACCAGGAACUGAUAGCCUUGGGUUUUUGCAAUAUGGGAGGAUCCUUUGUCUCCUCAUACCCAACAACUGGCAGCUUUUCAAGGUCUGCCAUCAACAGUCAAUCCAGCGUGGCCAGUCCAUUGGGUGGUCUAGUGACUGGUUCUCUGGUUCUUCUAGCGUUAGCUUUCUUGACACCAGCCUUUUACUACAUCCCUAAGGCUGCCUUAGCAGCGGUCAUUAUCUUCUCCGUCUUCUUCAUGCUUGAUUAUCAGAUCGUUGGCCAUCUCUGGAAAAUCAGAAAAUGGGAAUUGCUGACAUUAAUUGCAACAUUUUUCCCGUCCUUACAUCUUGGUGUUGAGUAUGGUACCAUGAUCGGCAUUGGAGUAGACCUUCUCAUGCUACUCUUCCCUGUGGCUAAACCAAGCUACAAGGUCGAGCAAGGUAACCCGUUAGUGAUUCGCUUCAAGCAAGGAUUACGUUAUCCGGCUGCAGACAGACUGCAGACAGUACUGGAUGAGGAGGCUUUGCUCAUCGACGAACCUAAAUCAGUCAUCUUAGAUAUGAAACACAUCAAUGCCAUUGACUUCAGCAUUGCUGAGGAACUGCAAGAUAGCGCCAAGGCUUUUGAGAAGGCAGGGAAGAAACUAGCAGUAGUCAAUGCAAGAUCUUCAGUUAAGAAGAUCUUAGACAGAACAGACAUCAAAAGUCUACCAAUCUAUGAGUCGGUUGAAGUUGCCACGGAGAGGAUAUCAGCUACAGGGCCUGCUCCAAGUCCAGCUGAGAUGGAAGCAUUUGAUACACCUUUGUAAAGGAUUCGGAAUCGACUGUAAGCCUACGAAUACUUCAGUUUUUAUGCACAGUAAAUAAAAUACAUGUUAGUUGGUCCAGGAAAAUAUGUAAUUCACUUCAGAAAUUGUCAGAAUAAAAAUUUAAAUUUUGCACUAGUAGCCUGUGGGAUAUCAUUGACUGUCCCAAGUCCCAGCAUUCCAUUUGUUCUGAGAGUUCUGCAAGUUUUUGUAAGACUUUCAUGAGAUUGUUUCUGUGAAGCAAGCACUGGUUAUGUAAUACUCAAUAGAGAAAGUACUUGUUAAAGCUAUGUUCUACUUCUAACCUGUGAAAAGUUUAAGACCUUCAGUUACGAAGUGAACUGCUUGGCCAGCUGUGUGUACACUUAUUUUCUUUUUCUAACACUUCCCUGGUUAUUGGUAAAAGUACAUUAUGACUCUUUCGGAUGAUGUAGAAAGCUCUUUCAGCAGAUGCAAUAUUUCAUUCAGCAAUUAAAAAUUUAGUUUGUCAUUUAAAUCUUUCAUUUUUUCUAAAACAAGUAAAUUUCAUCAGAAAUAAUUGUAUGGUUUAUCAAUUGUUUGAAGAAAUAUGUACCUAUAUUUUCUAUGUGUAAGUUAUAUUUUUUUUGUACUCGGAUGCAAUUCCAAGUAUUUGUGUUUAUCUCAAUUCGUAAAUUUAGAUAGCAGCUUGCUUUUUGGAUUGUGCAAAAUGAAAUCAAACAAAACAUGAAAGUUAAACAUGUAUAAAAAAUAAAAAAAUGUAGGCGUACUUCUGUUCAAAUAUGUAUGACGUACCACACUUGAAAAUAAAAUGUGCUAAAAAAGGGCUUAAAAUAGACUUAGUCUAUAUAUACCUAGUUCUAUUUUAUACCCAGUUCAAAAUUUGGACUGAAAAAAAGGUAAAUUUGGAGCAGUAGUUGAAAAAUAGUUAGGUUUUUCCAACGGUGGACAGCCGACCACCGUUGGAAAUGUAUACAAAAACACCAUUU